AGCAAAAUUCAAAGCAUGAAGACUCUGUUGUGUUUGUGUCUAGCUGUAUAUACAGCAUUUGCUGUGCCGUUAGAAAAUGGAAAACGCGAAUAUUCGCGUUUUAUUGAGAUUCCUGAUGGUGAUGGUAUACUUCAUACAGUAGAUUUAGAGGAGCAGCCAGACAUGAAAUUAGUGCAGGCUGAUUUAAGAGAUUCUAAUAAUCAAUAUCUUCUUUACACAAGGCGCAACCGACUUUCACCUCAGACUCUCCGAAUCAACAAUGCCAACAGCAUUACCUCUUCAAACUUCAACGCUAGAAAUCCAACAAUUGUCGUUGCUCACGGCUGGCUCAGUAACCAGAAUACGAAUCCAAACCCUAUUCUUAGAAAUGCAUUCCUUAGUAAAGCCGACGUGAAUGUCAUAGUCUUGGACUGGAGAAGAGUUGCUAUGUCGACUUACCCAACCGCUGUCGCCGGAGUACCAGGAGUUGGUCGGGGAUUAGGGCAGUUCCUUAAUUUUGUCAACAGUGUAACAGGGGCACCUUUCAACACUAUGCAUCUUAUUGGCUUCAGUUUAGGCGCCCACGUUGUUGGUAACGCUGGCAGACAGUUAGGAGGCAGAGUAGCGCGCGUUACAGGCUUAGACCCUGCUGGACCACUAUGGAAUUAUAAUUCAAAUCGUCUGAGACGCACUGAUGGCGUAUACGUGGAAGGUAUUCAUACAGACGGUGGCACUACUGGUCUUGGAAUAGGAUCUGCCGUAGGUGACGCAGAUUUUUUCCCCAAUGGUGGCAACUCUCAGCCUGGCUGUGCAACCAGCUUAUGUAAUCAUAAUCGGGCGUUUGAACUAUUUGCCGCAAGUAUUGCUCAUACGCAUCUCGUAGGCAACCAGUGCUCCAAUAUGAUUCAAGUAUCUGCAAACACUUGUCGUGGCAGCACUCUGGCUUUGGGCAACGAUAAUUUAAAUAAGCGAGGCUCGGGAUUGUAUAGAUUAAAUACACGAAGAAGUUAUCCUUAUUAAGGACUGCACACGUUCUGGAGCAAGCUGAAAACUUGUAUUGGACUACCAAUUUUUUUGGAAUAAAAGCAAAUUUCUG